UGUCUUGCUCACCUUACUGAGGACUAUAUCCUACAUCUCGUCUCAUCACGUAUAAGUCAAAACCCCCGUCCUUGACGACAGACGACCAUGCCGGCAGCUCUCAACUCCCAACCGGCCUCUCCGGAGCGUGCGCCUGUGAACGGUGUCAGUAAUGGCAUUGGCUAUACCAACGGCAAUGGUCAUACCAACGGCAAUGGUCAUACCAACGGCAAUGGUCAUACCAACGGCAACGGGAUUGCUCCAGGGCAGGACAAGGAGAAGCAGCUGAACAUCCUAUACAUCAUGGCAGAUCAGCUUGCCGCCCCUGUGAUGAAGAUUUACAAUCCGGAAUCCAUAGUCCAGACGCCCAACAUUGACGCCUUGGCCGCAAAAUCUGUUCAGUUUGACUCGGCAUACUGCCCGUCGCCACUCUGCGGUCCUUCACGGAUGAGCAUGAUCACGGGUCAGCUCCCCAUGAAGAUCGGAGCGUAUGACAACGCGGCCCAGAUCUUGAGCGACACCCCUACUUACGCCCAUUACCUCCGUCGUGAUGGCUACCAGACAGUCUUGGCUGGAAAGAUGCAUUUCGUGAUGGACCAGAAGCACGGGUACGAGAAGCGUCUCACCACUGAUAUCUACCCCGGCGACUUUGGCUGGGCAGCCAACUGGGACGCGGACAUCGAGGAGCCCGACCAAAGGCUAGAGUGGUACCACAAUGCGAGCUCGAUCGAACAGGCUGGUGUCUGUGUUCGCAGCAACCAGCUUGAUUACGACGAGGAGGUCAUGUAUAAGUCAACGCAGUUUCUCCAUAACUACGCUCGCAAAGGAGACUCGAGGCGCCCGUUCUGUUUGACGGUCUCCCUUACUCACCCCCACGAUCCCUACACCAUCGAAGAGGAGUAUUGGGAUAAAUACGAGAAAGUGGGGAUUGAUCUCCCCAAGGUUCCCAGGAUUCCGAACGAGGAGCAGGAUCCCCACAGCAAGAGACUGCUCAAGGUCUGCGACUUGUGGGACAAGAACUUCACUGAUGAUCAGAUCAAGCGUGCGCGCAGGGCCUACUAUGGCGCUGUUAGCUAUGUUGAUGACUGUGUUGGGAAGCUACUCAAGGUCUUGGAGAAGUGCAGACUUGCCGAAGACACUAUCAUUGUCUUCAGUGGUGACCACGGAGAUAUGCUUGGUGAGCGUGGACUCUGGUACAAGAUGAGCUACUUCGAGUCAUCUGUUCGCGUCCCUCUUCUGAUUUCUUAUCCCAAGAAGUACACGCCUCAUCGUGUGACUAACAACGUGUCCACCCUGGACAUCCUGCCGACCAUGGUCGACCUGAUCGGCAAGAAGUUGGUUCCUGGUCUGCCGAUGGACGGUCGCUCGCUUCUUCCAUUCCUGGAGGGACGCGACUCGGAAGGCCACGAUACCGCCAUCGCCGAGUACACGGGCGAGGGCACCGUUAGCCCCAUCAUGAUGAUCAAGCGUGGCAACUGGAAGUUCACCAUCUGCCCCGCGGAUGGCGUUCAGUUGUUUGACCUAGAACGGGAUCCGCUUGAACUCGAGGACCUCGCCAAGGUUCUUGCGGACCCAGAGUCAGAGAUGCUCGAUCCCGAGUACAGAGAGACAGCGGAAAUCAUUUUGAGAGGAUUCGCGGCCGAGGCGAAGCAGCGAUGGGACUUUGAAAGUAUCACCGAGCAAGUCCUUCUCUCGCAAAGGAAACGGAAAUUUGUGUGGAGCGCCUUUACGGCGAAGGACUCAGAGCGUGAGAAAUGGGACUUCAAUCCCAUUGAUGAUGGUCGGGAGAAAUACAUCCGCUCACACAUGCCACUCGACGAUCUUGAGCGUAUGGCUCGCUUCCCGCCUGUUGACGCCAAUGGCAAUGAGCUACCCAAGGGGGCGCCCAUCAAGGUUGAUCAAGCAGGCUCCCACGGGGAGUAAUAAGCUUGAUGAUCUCGGAGGAUAAAACGGCGUUUAAGACAAUGGAGAAGAUGCAGUUUGUUUGUUUCUUCUUUUUCCCGCAUUUGUCAUCGCGGGAACUCGGACA